AUGUAUGAACAAAUCAAGUUAUUGGAUGUACAGGAAUUAAAACUUCUUUUAAUAGAAGAAUACAAUGAAUAUAUCAAGUUAGUUAAAACUGUGGAAUUAUAUCACCAAAAAAUGCAACUAAAUUGGUUCAAAUUUCAUUUAUUUUAUGAACACGCUGAAAAUAAUAUUCCGAAAUAUUACUCAACAAAUAGAAAAACCAAAAAUCAAGUUAAUAAAAAGACAAAUAACAUGAACAAUAAUCUAUGUAAUAUUAGCGAUGGUCCCAUUACCAUUUGUAAAGGAAAAAAAAAAAAAAAACUAUCGGGAGGUUAUUCAAACUAUAAAAGUAUUGAAGAAGACUUAAAAUUUAUUCAUAAACGAGAAAAAAAUAAUGAAUGUUACUAUUUCAAGGCAUAUAAUAAUGAUAAACCACAUUCCCUCAUUUUACAUUUUUUAAGGGAUAUCCCCAAUUCUGUUGAAUUGUAUAUAAAUAUUAAAAUAAAAAAUUUGAAUAAAUUAAAAAAUGGUGUACUAAUGCAAUUAAAUAAUUUUUGUAAAAUACAAAUAAAUAAAAUUUAUUUUCUUAUAAUAUUAUGUGAAAUCAAAUUAAAUAACUCACAUUUAUGUCAAAAAAUGGAAACACACAAUAAAAGUAUUAUACAUAAAAACAUAAAAAAUAUAGUUAUCUUUUGUAAAAAAAUUAUACAUGAAGUUACGAAAAAUAUGAUUCCUUUCUUUUUUUUAUUUAAUUUAUUUUCAACACCUGAUUAUUUUAAAUAUCACUUUGAAUAUUUCAAUAAUCUAAUUCGCAUGCUGGACGUGUAA